UAACAGUCUUAAACGGUGGCACGUGUGAGACGCACGUGUGAAAAAUGGCCAAGUCGUUGCGAAGUAAGUGGAAAAGGAAAUGCCGAGCGAUUAAGAGGGAACGUUACGCGGCAAAGGAGCUGGACAGGUUGAAAAAGACCCUCGGCACCAACGAAAAAGCACCCAACGACGUGGAAAUGACUAACCUCGAGGAGAUCGCCACAGUUGUAGAUGCAAAGAAGAUAAGAAAAGAUGUCAGGACUAAGCGGAAUGCCGUGACCACUGAUGAAGAUCAAAUGGAAGUGGAAGAAGCUAGAGUGUAUGAUAAGAAAACAUUGCGCGAUCAGUACGGCAAUUAUCCUGUAUGGAUGAGCUAUAGGAAGAUACUUAAGCAUAAAAAAGGCAGGGCUAAAACACAGAAAGCUGAUGCAAAGACCAGCAAAAGGCUCACCAGACGACAGAAAAAAGCAUUAAAGGGGAAGAAAGCGACAAAAGAUUAGGUAAAUUAAGGUAGAUUACAGACUUUAAAGUGAAACAAGUAUACCAUCUAACAUUGGAAGAAAAAAGGGAACCAAGUUCCACAACAACUCUAAAUCAGUUAAACACAACAAAGACAUAAUAUCAAAAUCUUCUCCAUAAAUUGUCAAAUUAGCUUACAUAUUAUUUGUUAACGGUUAAUGUUAAUGUUGUAUCACACAUUAUUUCCUUUGAAACCUGAACGAGUCUAAGAGGAUAUGAUUGAAAACAUGGAAUCCGUGUCAUUUUAUUACGAAGCUGAGAGUAGAAAUAAUAAUCACAUACAAUAUUUAACCGUUCGAGUGCCAAGAAGCGUGAUCGCAUUUUUCUUAUAUCAGACAAUCCGCAACGAGCAUUAUCGCACUUUUUUCUCUUAAUUCGUAUUCUCGUGAUGAUUGCACCUAACAUUCGACAAUUAAAAUACCGCUACAUUACGAGCCUGAAAUAUAACAAACGCUAAGUGAUGGCAGUGAUGUUAUCUCACGUUGGGAAUACUUGCUCGUGUAUCUUAUGGCUAGAAUUACGCCAGCAUCUUGAGACUAAGACGACUUGUAACUCGAAAGUAUCCGGACGGACGUUCCGUGUACGAAUGCACAUGAUAUCUUUUUAUAUGCACAUCUCUAAGAGCGACGUUAAUUAUUAACGGACUUAAGACUCGGAUUCGAAGGCGUCGUUAUUCAUUCGCAACACUCCGACAGUACGAAAAAAUUCAUGGUAAAAAUAAUACUAUUAUUGUCUACUAUUAAUACUUGGAAGAAUAGUGACACACCGACGAUCUACUACCACAGUACAGAGUAGCAAAUAAUAUUUGCUACUACUUGCCGUCACUGU